AUGGAGUUGAAGUUUUUUGAUUCCAAAUCAGCAUCUCUAUCUGAGAAAGCAGCCUUCCUGACAAGGACAAAAUCAAGUCCGCUUUCCAGUUUCGGACAUUCAGUUGGUGUUAGAUUUUCUCAAGAGUUCAGUUCUUGCAGAGGAGUAUUUACGAAGGCAUCUUAUUCGAGUAGUUCAAGUGGUACAUAUAUACCAAAGAGGGCUAUUAGCUCAGUUGACGAAGAAAAAUUUGCAGCAGAGAAUUACUUCUAUCAGAUUAAUGGAACAAGCGGUGCUAGCACAAGUCUGUUUUCCAGAAAUGUGAAAGUACUUGAUGCCUGCGAUGAUGAGUAUGGGGGAGUUGUUGUUGAUCCAGCUAGAUUACCUGUCAAUCCAGAUGCGUUUGCUUCAAUGCUCCUUUUUUCUCUUUCUCAUUGGAAAAUGAAGGAAAAGAAGGGAAUUUGGCUUAAGUUGCCCCUGGAACGGUCAGAGCUUGUUCCAGUUGCUGUGAAGGAAGGUUUCGAGUACCACCACGCAGAACCAGGAUAUGUGAUGUUGACUUACUGGAUUCCUGAAGGACCUUGUAUGCUUCCUACUAAUGCUACACAUCAAGUAGGUGUUGGGGGAUUUGUGAUCAAUGAAGAAAACGAGGUUCUUGUAGUACAAGAGAAAUUCUAUGCUCCGUCAUUUGCCGAUCUUUGGAAAAUACCGACUGGUUUUAUUCUUGAGUCAGAAGAGAUUUACACAGGAGCUGUACGAGAAGUCAAGGAGGAAACUGGUGUUGAUACUGAGUUUGUGGAAGUUAUAGCAUUCAGGCAUGCUCACAAUUUGGCGUUUGACAAGUCAGAUUUGUUCUUCGUUUGUAUGCUGAAACCAUUGUCAGCUCAGAUAAAGGUUGAUGAUCUUGAAAUCCAAGCAGCCAAAUGGAUGCCCCUCGUUGAGUUUGUAGCACAGCCACUAAUCCAAGAGGAUGGCUUGUUCAGGAAAAUCAUCGAUAUUUGCAUUGCUCGGUUAGGGAAACAUUACUGUGGACUAUUGCCUCAUCAAGUAGUUUCCAAAUUCGAUGGCAGACCAUCCUGCCUGUACUACAAUGUAGUUGACGCUGAAAAUGUCAACUGCAAAGGCGAUUGA